GGUGGCCACGGGCGACGCGCGGGGAAUUUGGAUCCAACUGGGUGGGUCGGGAGUGCGUGAGAGUUUUUGGCCAAGGCUGGGUUUGAACCCACCACCUCCAGCAUAUGGGGCCAGUGCCCCACUCCUUUGAGCCACAGGCACCGCCCUUAUCUUGAUUUUUUUAUACAGUCAGGAUCUGCACAGAUUUAACCACUCUGUUUGCUUCCGUUGAUCUGAGUCCACCUGGGCUGCCUUCUAUACCACUGAUUAUGGCUGGUCUUCCUCAUAAUAACCUACAGGAGCAACUAGCACGUCACUCAGCCAGAAAACUUAAUAAUAAAUUAAGUUUUUCAAAGCCAAAAUCUUUAAGUUUCACUUUCAAGAAGAAAACGCCUUUAGGUAACAGUGUAUCUCUAACUAGUAUGUCAGUUAAUAAAGAUGUUAAUGUCACCGAGGCCUUUUCCAUCAGUGAACCUCCAUCCCAUACCACAAAUCAGCAGAUAAGGAUCAAUGACUUCUUUAAAAAUGCUCCAACAGGGCAGCAGACCCAGAGAGUUAGUUCCAAACCUUUAUUGCCAGAUGUGCAGAUUCCAAAGGAAGUUUUGUGUACCACUCCACACACAUCGGUUAUAAAGAAACCCAGUGAUGCUACUUUCAAGAAGUUAGAAUUUAGUUCUUCACCAGAUUCUUUUGGUGCCAUUAAUAAUUGGGAUGAUAUGGAUGACUUUGAUACUUUUGGGACUUCAAAAGCAUUUGUUACACCACUGAAAAAUCACUUCCUACGAGUAAGCACUGCUCAGAAAUCAAAAAAGGCUAAGAGAAACUUUUCAAAAGAACAGCUUUAUAAAACAGAUACAGUAAAGGUUGAUUUGACUACUUCCUCUGAAAACAAGCAAGUUGAUUUCACUAUGGGUCAGAAGGAUGACUCAGAACAGUUAAGUAGCCAGGUGAUUUGUAUCGAUGAUGAUUGCAUUUCUGAAAUGCACAUAAAUGAAGAGACUCAGGAAACUCAGUCUUUGAAAACUCAUUUGGGAGAUGAACAAGAUAAUAAUCAAAAGAAGAAAAACUUGGAAGAAGCUGAAUUAUAUUCAACUGAGAAGAUUCCACAUACCAAACUGAGUGAUGAUUAUGAUACAGAUUUUGUUCCACCUUCUCCAGAAGAAGAAAGUAUUUCUACUGCUUCUUCCUCUUUAAAAUGCUUUAGUAUGUUACAGGAUGGUGACAACUUUGACAGAGAGAAGGAUGUUCUUAGCAUAUCAAAUGAUACUUUGUCAAAACCUGAGAAAAUUACUGCACAGGAGCCUAAUACAGAAACCAGCACAGAUUAUGACGCUAGACAGAUAAGUGUACAGCAGCAGCUCAUCCACGUGAUGGACCGUGUCUGUAAGUUAAUUGAUACAGUUCCUGCUGAGAAACUGAAAGCUUUGGAUUGUGGGGAUGAACUGCUUCUGCAGCGGAACAUGAGAAGGAAACUCCUAGCGGAAGUAGAUUUUCACAGAGGUGGCACAGGUCAUCUUGGCUUGGUGUGGAGAUGCAGGCCUGAUCCUCAUGGUAGCACUGUGGAGGGGGAUUCUUCUCCUAGGGAGAAUUUUAUGAAGAAGUUAGCUUCCCCAUACUUCCCCUCAAAUCCAGUUUCCCCUGGGGAAUAUUUACCAGCUACCACUCCGGAAAAGACAGGAUUCUUAGCCACCACAAAGAAUCACUGUGAAAGCAUGUUAUUGAAGUCCUGUUUACAGAAGUCCUUUGUAAGUAACAACUGGGCUGAAACUCCAAAGCUAGAAAAAAGCAACGAAAGCUCUUUUUUCCCAGGAAGUGUUCUGACAAGCACUGCUGUGAAAGAUCAGAAUAAAAACACUGUUUCAAUAAAUGACUCAGAAAGAGCAAUCCAGGCUUCCUAUGAUGAUAAUUUUGACAUAGAUGACUUUGAUGAUGAUGAUGAUGACUGGGAAAAUAUAAUGCAUAAUUUAGCAGCCAUCAAAUCCUCCACAGCUGCCCAUCAGCCCAUCAGGGAAGGUGGGCCAGUUAAAUCAGUGUCUGAAAGAAUUUCUUCAGCUAAGACAAACUGUCUUCCAGUGGCAUCUACUGUUCAAAACAUAAACUUCGAGACAAUUCAGAAUUACACUGAUAAAUCAGAGCAAGAUUCAGCAUACAGAAAUAUGAAACAUGAGCAUUUCCAAAGUCUUAAUUUUCCUCAUACAAAAGAAAUGUUGAAGAUUUUUCAUAAAAAAUUUGGCCUGCACAAUUUUAGAACUAAUCAGCUAGAGGCGAUCAAUGCUGUGCUGCUUGGUGAAGACUGCUUCAUUCUAAUGCCGACUGGAGGUGGUAAAAGUUUGUGUUACCAGCUACCGGCCUGUGUUUCUCCUGGGGUCACUGUUGUCAUUUCUCCCUUGAGAUCAUUAAUUGUAGAUCAAGUCCAAAAGCUAACCUCCUUGGAUAUUCCAGCUACGUAUCUGACAGGGGAUAAGACUGACUCAGAAGCUACAAGUAUUUAUCUCCAAUUAUCAAAGAAAGACCCAAUUAUAAAACUUCUAUAUGUUACUCCAGAGAAGGUCUGUGCAAGUAAUAGGCUGAUUUCCACUCUAGAGAAUCUGUAUGAGAGAAAACUCUUGGCACGUUUUGUUAUUGAUGAAGCACAUUGUGUCAGUCAGUGGGGACAUGAUUUCCGUCAAGAUUACAAAAGAAUGAACAUGGUUCGCCAGAAGUUUCCUUCUGUCCCAGUGAUGGCUCUUACUGCCACGGCCAACCCCAGGGUUCAGAAGGAUAUCCUCACCCAGCUGAAGAUCCUCAGGCCUCAGGUGUUUAGCAUGAGCUUUAACAGACAUAAUCUGAAAUACUACGUUUUACCGAAAAAGCCUAAAAAGGUGGCAUUUGAUUGCUUAGAAUGGAUCAGAAAGUAUCACCCAUAUGACUCAGGGAUAAUUUACUGCCUCUCCAGACGAGAAUGUGACACAAUGGCUAGUACGCUGCAGAAAGAUGGUCUUGCUGCUCUGGCAUAUCAUGCUGGCCUCAGUGACUCUGAGCGAGAUGAGGUGCAGCACAAGUGGAUUAACCAGGACGGCUGCCAGGUUAUCUGUGCAACAGUGGCAUUUGGCAUGGGGAUCGACAAACCGGAUGUGCGGUUUGUGAUCCAUGCAUCUCUCCCUAAGUCCAUGGAGGGUUACUACCAAGAAUCUGGGAGAGCUGGAAGAGAUGGGGAGAUGUCUCACUGCCUGCUUUUCUACACUUACCAUGAUGUGACCCGACUUAAAAGACUUAUAAUGAUGGAAAAAGAUGGAAAUCAUCACACAAAAGAGACUCAUUUCAAUAAUUUGUAUAGCAUGGUGCAUUACUGUGAAAAUAUAACAGAAUGCCGGAGAAUACAGCUUUUGGCUUACUUUGGUGAAAAUGGAUUUAAUCCUGAUUUUUGUAAGAAAUACCCAGAUGUUUCUUGUGAUAAUUGCUGUAAAAGAAAGGAUUAUAAAAUGAAAGAUGUGACUGAUGAUGUAAAAAGCAUUAUAAGAUUUGUUCAAGAACAUAGUUUAUCACGAAGAGCAAGAAAUAUAAAACACAUUGGUCCUCCUGGAAGAUUUACUAUGAAUAUGCUGGUCGAUAUUUUCUUGGGGAGUAAAAGUGCAAAAAUUCAGUCGGGUAUGUUUGGAAAGGGAUCCGCUUAUUCACGACACAAUGCCGAAAGACUUUUUAAAAAGCUGAUACUUGACAAGAUUUUGGAUGAAGACUUGUAUAUCAAUGCCAAUGACCAAGCAAUUGCUUAUAUUAUGCUUGGAGAUAAAGCCCAAACUGUACUGAGUGGACAUUUAAAGGUAGACUUUAUGGAGACGGAAAAUUCCAGCAGUGUGAAAAAACAAAAAGCUUUAGUAGCAAAAGUGUCUCAGAGGGAAGAAAUGGUUAAGAAAUGUCUUGGAGAACUCACAGAAGUCUGCAAGUCUCUGGGGAAAGUUUUUGGUGUCCAUUACUUCAAUAUUUUUAAUAUUGUCACUCUGAAGAAGCUUGCAGAGUCUUUAUCUUCUGACCCUGAGGUUUUGCUUCAAAUUGAUGGUGUUACUGAAGACAAACUGGAAAAGUAUGGUGCAGAAGUUAUUGCAGUAUUACAGAAGUACUCUGAGUGGACUUUGCCAGCUGAGGACGGCUCCCCGGGAAUGAACUUGUCCAGCAACAGGGGCACCAGAAGAAAUAUCCCUGAGGAGCUUGAUGAGGAGACACCUGUAUCUUCUCGCUACUUUGCAAAUAAGACCAGAAAGAGGAAAAAGGUUUCAGCCUCCCAGAGACCUAAGAGGAGAAGAACGGCUUAUGGUGGCUCCAAGGUGAAGGGGGGGUCCACCGUAUGCAGAAAGGUGUCUUCCAAAACUAAAUCCUCCAACGUAAUUGGAUCCAGCUCAACCUCACAUGGUUCUCAGUUUUAGCCAGGACCAGGCUUGAACCUGCCACCAAUAUAUGGGGCCAGAACCUUACUCCUUGAGCCACAGGCGCCGCCCAAGUGGUCAUUUUUUUCAUCACAAAAAAUUAUUGUAAUUAUUUUAUUAGGGAGGAAAUCUUGCUCUUGCUCAGGUGGUCUCGAACUCCUGAGCUCAAACAAUCUGCCAGCCUCGGCUGGGAUUACAAGUGUGAGCCAUCAUACCUGGCCAAUCAUAAGAAAUUAUUGGCUCAGCACCUGUAGCUCAGUGAGUAGGGUGCUGGCCACCUACACCAAAGCUGGAGAGUCCAGCCAGGCCUAGGCCUGCUAAACAACAAUGACAAAUGCAACCAGAAACUAGCCUGGCGUUGUGGUGGGCACCUGUAGUCCCAGCUACUUGGGAAGUUGAGACAAGAGAAUCACUUUAAACCCAAGAGUUUGAGGUUGCUGUGAGCUAUGAUGCCAUGGCAUUCUACCUAGAGUGACAUAGUGAGACUCUGUCUCAAAAAAAGAAAGAAAGAAAAUUAUUGAUCCUGGGCUCGGUGCCCAUAACUCAGUGGUUAGGGUGCUGGCCAUAUACACUGGGGCUGGCGGAUUCGAACCUGGCCUGGGCCUGCUAAACAACAAUGACAACUACAACUACAACAGCAACUGAGAGAGGAUACCCAAAAAGGUUGACAUCUAGGAGAACAGGUCUUCUCAAGGAGACCACAAGGAUACACCUGCAGGGUCCUCUCCACGGUGACACAGCUCUUGGGAAUUUGUAAACUUAACUUCCUGAAACUUGGACAUUUCCAAGUUCUGUGAAAUCCUGUAGUUCUGUAGGGACUGGAAUAGCAUCUCCCGCUUGAUUCAAACUGGCCAAUGAGAAGGGUACCUGUGGGGUAGAACUUUUUGACAGUCAAUAAAAAGGGAAAGACCAAGCCAGUUGGGGAGCGCAGUCAUUUGGAAUUCUAUGCCAUAAGCUCCCAGCUGGUGAAUAAAGCCCUUCCUCUUAUAAAUGUGGUGUUCUUUCUCUCCGUUGGGGCUCAUCUUCCGACAACACAACAACAACAAAAAUAGCUGGGCAUUGUGGUGGACACCUGUAGUCCCAGCUACUUGGGAGGCUGAGACAAGAGAAUUGCCUAAGCCCAAGAAUUAGAGGUUGCUGUGAGCUGUGAUGCCAUAGCACUCUACCAAGGGUGACAUACUGAGACUGUCUCAAAAAAAAAAAAAAAAAGAAAUUAUCGAUCCUGCUCAAAGAAUCAUUCAGUUUUUUUCCCACAAGACUCCAAUUUUUUAAUGAGUUUCAACAUCUUUUUUCUUAUUUUUUCUUUUUUUGUUUGAGACAGAGUCUUACUUAUGUUGCCCUCGGUAGAGUGCCAUGGCAUCAAAGCUCACCAGCAACCUCAAACUUUUGGGCUUAAGCGAUUCUCUCGCCUCAGCCUCCCAACUAGCUGGGACUAUAGGCGCCCACCAUAACACCCAGGUAUUUUCUUUCUUUCUUUUUUUUCUUUUUAAUUUAUUUAUUUUUAUUAAGUCAUAUAUACAUAAAUCAUGAAUACAUUUGUGCCUUUGUGGGAUUCAGUGUGUUGAUUAUUUGUACAAAUUGGAGUGCUUAUAUCCUACUAAUUAACAUAGCUUCCACCUCAUUUACUUAAUCACAGUAUUAAAACAUUUGUGUUCAGUACUUGAUAGAUUUGACCUGCACCCUUGCAAUAUGCUUCAUAGGUGAG